AAGCAUUUGCUUUGCGGCCAUUCUCUUAUGUCAUCGCUCCCAGCUAUAUACCCAUCACUAGUUGAGCUCUCUGCGUGACCUUGUACCUGCGAUUGGAAUUCUGCUUUGCUAUUUUUUCGGGUAUUGCAUUUUCUGUAGAUUGCUUAUCUUAUUCAAUUCAAGAUAUAACUGCAGCACGGGCUCGCUUCAAUUGAGCAGGCUGAGUGUCUUGGUUUCUCUCGCCCUAAAUGCCAAUUCUGUGGACGGAGGCUUUGAAGAAAUCAUGAUUUGGGAAGAAAGGGUGAGAGAUAAUAGAGAACAAAACGGUGGUCCUCCCUGUGGCCAGGUCCGUGUUCUUGUCGCCGGUGAUUCAGGUGUUGGGAAAACAUCAUUGGUCCAUCUAAUUGUAAAAGGUUGUGCAACUUCUCGUCCUUCUCAAACUGUUGGGUGUACAGUUGAGGUCAGGCAUAUUACUCAUGGAAGUAGUGGAAGCUCUUCUAGUAUCAUAAAAGGUGAUGCAGAAAGGGACUUCUUUGUUGAGCUAUGGGAUAUCUCAGGACAUGACAGGUACAAGGAUUGCCGCUCCCUUUUCUAUAAGCAGAUCAAUGGUGUUAUAUUUGUCCAUGAUCUCUCUCAAAGGAGGACAAAAUCAAGUUUGCACAAGUGGGCUGCGGAAAUUGCAGCAACUGGGACAUUUUCAGCUCCACUAGGAUCUGGUGGGCCUGGAGGUCUUCCUGUUCCUUACCUUGUUAUUGGGAACAAAACUGACCUUGCUGCUAAUGAUGGGGGAAGAGUAAGCAGUGGCAAUCUUGUUGAUGUUGCUCGCCAAUGGGUUGAGAAGCAGGGCCUGCUUCCUUCCAGUGAUGAGCUUCCUUUGACAGAGAGUUUCCCAGGAAGUUCAGGGUUUCGAUCGGCUGCUAAAGAAGCAAGAUAUGACAAAGAAGCCAUAACAAAGUUCUUCGAAAUGGUUUUAACCCUGGUUAGGAGGAGAUAUUUUUCUGAUGACCUACCCACUCCGAGUACAUGGUCUACAUAUCCAGUGCAGAGCUCUUUACGUCCUUCUGGUGAAGCCUUAAGUGAAGAAGAUGAAUUUCUUAGGAAACACAGUUUAAGUGGGGACAAAUUCAAAUACGAUGUUCUUCCUCCACUUCCUGCACAACGCAAUCUCCCCCCACCCCGAACACUGUAUCCACAACAGCCGGUUUCAGUAUCAGGAAACUUUAGCUUCAGUAGAUAUCCGGUAUCUGGAUCAGUGGCAACUGGGAGCAGCAGGCCUAGACGGGCAGAUAUCAGUGUGUAAUUAAUCAUUUUUUAAAUGAAUAUUUUGGUGUUUGCGACUAAUUUCCAUUGCCUGAUAUACUAUUUUGCUAAAAAUCGGUGAGCUAAUAUAUCAAAACGAAAUGACAAAUGCCGUCAGUUGUGGUAAAAUGUUGGUCUGGAUUUCGUUUGUGUGAGAUCAUUUCUUUUUUCCCACAAAAACAGAAGAUCGUUUGUUUUUCCACAUGAAGUGGCUUUUUUACUAUUUGUCAGGGAGCUUACUGGAACUAAUAUAAAUAUCAUUGCUUCGAAGCAAUACUUAUGAUA